AUGCAGGUCAAAGCUGGCAGUCUAGCGACCUCCGAUUACCCAAUCCCCCUUCUCAUUGCACUGGCGACGAUUCUGGAACGACUUCUCCACCCAAUUCUGACGUCUGCAGGGAAUCUGUCUAGCUACCAACAGUGUCACAGAUCGGGUCGUGAUACCCCAAGGACACUUUUUGAGCUCAGCGAUGCCAUCCUCGAGGGCUUCAAUCAACAGAAGCCUGCUCUGGGGACCACGGCAGUCUUAAUUGACCUGUCACGAGCCUUCGACUGCGUCUUGUGGGACUUGGUCUCCCUGAACAUCCCCACUGGUCUGGUCCAAUGGUUGGCAGCUUACAUCCGUGGCCACCACGAUCGUGUCCUUUUCCGCGGCGCUAUUUCCAAGCACCCGCGGGUCAACGAUCUCGGCAGGCAAGUCGUCCGUCACUGUUUCACACUGCACCCGAAAUGGUUCAAUCGCCACGCGGUCAUCAACGUCAACGGUGCGUCUUUACCGCUGGUCCGUAAACCCAAGCAGCUUGGCAUCCGUUUCGAUCCUCUCUUCACUUUUGCGGACCAUGCGAUGGAGGUUGCCGCUGCAGUAAUGUCCUUAGGGCUCUUGCGGGCACAUCCUGGGGCUGCGUGA